CAGUCUGAGUCUGGCUGUCGUGCGUGGAGGGUGUGUCAGCUCUCUUCCUGUGAUCCGUGUUUAUUUACGCGCGCAGUGCGUAACGAAGCCUCAUAUACAAAGCCUUUCGCCGUCUCUACACGCGACAAAGAUAGUGCUUCAGUUCAAUAUAUAUAAAGUAACUGCAAAAUAUACAAAAGUAGAAAAAUCUUGUUAUGUGGAAAAGUUCUUUGAAAUUUCACAAGUAGAUACCUAAAAGUGGAGCAAGAUGGCUCACCCGUCCCUGAUCAAGAACAUCGGGGAGAAAGUCCUUGGCCACAACGGUCUGGUCGAUCUCAACGAUGUUUGCGGACCUGACAGAGUGAUCGGUCUCUAUUUCUCGGCUCACUGGUGCCCUCCUUGCAGGGCAUUCACACCUCAGCUGGUGGCGUUCUACAAGCACCUGAAGGAGAACACGAAGCACCAGCUGGAGGUUAUCCUGGUGAGCAGCGACACAGAGGAGACCACCUUCCAGGACUACUUCAGCGACAUGCCCUGGCUGGCCCUCCCCUUCACCGAGACCAAACGAAAGGUGCGGUUGUCCCGCCAGUACCGGGUAUCAGGAAUACCUUCCCUGGUGCUUCUAGACAGCCGCAGCGGCCGCUUGCUGACCAAAGCCGGCAGAGAGAUGGUGAGCAGUGACCCUGAAGCCCUGACCUUCCCCUGGCGGCCGCGACCCAUAGCGGAGCUCCUGGCGGCCACCAAGUUAGUGGAUAACCAAGGUCAGGAAGUCGCCUACGACACCGUCAAGGACGCCUACAAGGGUCUCUACUUCUCCGCUCACUGGUGUCCGCCAUGUAAGGCGUUCACCCCCCAGCUGGUGACGGCUUACGACAAGAUCAAGAACAGUGAACGCAACUUUCAAAUCAUCUUUAUUAGUUCAGACAGGAGCGAAGAGUCGUGGCAGACCUACCACAACACCAUGCCGUGGCUGAGCUUGGCUUGGGAGGAGAAGGACGCCCGCCACGAGCUAGCUACCAACCUACAGGUCAAAGGCAUCCCCACGCUGGUCAUCCUGGCUCCAGACAACUCUGUCAUUACCACAGACGGACGGACGCAGCUCUCAGAGGAUCCCCAUGUUGAGAGAUUCCCUUGGCAACCGCAGAGUGUGGAAAUACUGGCUGAGCGCCACAUGUCUCGUCUUCAGGAGAGCCCUUGCCUUGUACUCUUCACAGAUGGAGAGACAACAGAGCUGCAGUUUGGCCGGGAUGUGUUGUUACCAGUUGCCGAGGAGUACCUACUUGAACACUCACAGGAAGGUGGCCUUGCAUUGCAGUUUUUUGUUGCUGGAGAGGAUGAGGUAGCUGACAGUGUAAGAGAUUUUGCAUGCCUGGAGGAUGUAGUCCCCUUAGUAGCCAUCCUUGACUUAUCAGAAGGUGCAAAGUUUUUGUUAGAAGAGGGUGUUGAGGUCUCAACUGCCACCGUCCAUAACUUUGUUACUCGAUACACAAAUGAAAAACUUAGUCCUCUGCCAAUUAGACCGGUCACAACCAGUGCUACUAACACCAGCUAACACUACCUUAUGUCUUAUGUAGAAUUAUGAGGCAUAGUAGUAAUAGACUGGUAACCCUGCACUAUCUGGGAUAAAAUGGUAUUUGUUAUUACAUUAAUAACUAAUGUAUAGGUUUUGCAAUGUUAAUGGGUAUAUGCAGGAUAAAUUUUAGAUAAUCAAUUCUGUUUUAAAAUGAAUUGCUGUGAUUGUUUGCUAUACAGUACCUUGUUUAAAUAUUGAAAAUCUGUGAGACAGACAAUCAAGAAUUGACUUUGAUUAUAAUGUUAAUUUAUUUAACCAUUAUAUAACGCAGUAGCCACAAGUUUGAUUUUGAUGUUAAUAGAUUUUAUGUAUACUGUAAUAAUAAAUAUUUUCAAUUAUGUAAUACAGUAUUGAUGCAACAUUCUAGGCUUGCAGACAAAGGUACAUUAACGAACAAAUAUUAACGUUUUUACUUUGGCAGCCAAGAUUGAGGUUAUCAGGUUAUGAUAGAGAGACAACUGGUUUAAGUUAAUAUAUUACAACUUAACUGUUGUCUAAGGUACCUGUGGAGCAUCCUGCUGUUGCCCUAUAUUGGUGUAAAAAAAAACUUGUUUUUAAAUGUUUGCUUUGCUUGAAAGUACUGUAUAUUAUAUUACAAUGGCAAGGGGUUUAGAUAUAGGUUAAAUUAAAAGCUGAAGAAAUUUU